AUGCCUCGAGUUGUCAAGCCCCCUGUGAAGGCUGCUUGCCUUCCAUGCCGAUCUUCAAAGACCCGUUGCGACGGUCAUCAUCCCUGUGGUGUUUGCACAGGCAAGGAAAGAGAUUGCUAUUACCAGCCCAGUCGCCGGGGUGGUCCUCGGAGAGGAGCCCGAUAUGAAGAGGCACAGCGCAAAUUGACUACAUCGGGCACUUCGAUAUCUGAUGUGGCUGAAGAAUUUGAACCAUUCCUGGACAACAUGAUCGGCCUGGUAUCGCCAUUUGCCGGUAUCCACAACCUAGAUCUAUCACCAGAGGCUCUCUCUGUUGGAGAUGGAGCUCAGCAAAUUUGGGGCCAGCUAACUCCACAUGCGGACAGCGUUCUGGACUUAGCCACUCAAGCUGGGGCUGAACCACCAAUGAUGCGCGCUUAUCAUUCCGAAGGAGACAUUGUCAAUUCCUACUACCUCUAUCUUCAUUCAUAUCUUCCAUUGCUACCACCCCCAGUGACGCCUCAGUAUGAAGAUCGACCAACGGUGAUCCGGCCUUUCGGAGAAAACUCCCAGGCCGAGAAGUCCCAAGUACCACAUUGGCCAGAGUCAUCACUUGCCCUAGCCUUAUCCGCCAUGUUGGUUCUAAUACCUGUUGCUGAAGAUCAACUACCAACGACCGAUGCGAGUCUCACACUGAGGCGGUCGUAUGCGCAGCUCUUUGCCCAGACAGCGUUGGCUGCCGUAGAGAAAGAGAUCGACGACCUGUCACCUGGAUUGAGUGCAGUAUCUGAUACGGAUUCGUGUGAAGUGCGAAGCUCUUUGCAUCCUCGGUUGCCUGCUCAGCUUGAACCGAUCCUGGCUCUUGUUGUCCUUGGUGUCUAUGAGUAUAUCCAGCGAGGCAACAUAUCAAGGAUUCGGGCUCGGGUCAACCAGGCCAUUACAACGGCUAUGGACAUAUCUCUUCACAGUCUUGACGACACAGUAACUGAAUUUUCCGAGGCACAGAGACGAACCUGGUGGAUGACGUCAUGGUCGACUUACCUAUCGUCAAAUAUCAAUCUUGCGCCCCCAAUUAUUUCUUUCCACGACCCACGAAUUACGACUCCUUAUCCUAAAUUUGAUGUCUACUUACAGCCAUGGCCUAUGAUUAUGAAAGCACAAGAAGUUCUUUUCGAAGCCAACAAAAUGGUGCAGAAUAUCGAACGUGUUGACGAAACGACCGAUCUAUCCGACUUUAGCGGCCGAAUACAGCGAUUGGACUCAAAGAUUGUAUCUCUGAUGUCUGAAGCAGACCGCCACCUUUUGGCGACGUUCAACGAAACACCCGAAGCACCUGUGGCUCAAACAAUGUGGAUGAUCAGCCGCUUAUUUAUCCAUACGUGA